UCACAAAUGGAAUUACAAUUCUUGUCAAUGUAGGGUUAUCAGAGUUUGUAGCUAAAUACUUCAUAUCUUGUAGUGAUGUGGGACCUUAAAAUGAGUCUUUUAGCCACAUAAUCUUAUUCGAGCUAGCUAAAUGAGCUAUUUCUGUAUAAUAGCCAGCUAACUAUCGUUAGCUAACUAGCUAACGUUUUUAGCCUACAGUAACGUUAGUUAGCCAUUAUGUCGUUCACAAAACCAUACAAAUUGGCAUCUGCUGAUUAGGGAAUUUACUGACACUUGAAUGUAAUGUAAUGGUUUAUUUUCUUUACCAAUGAUAUGCCAUCAUAGGGAUACCACAAUGUAACUGACAGCUAGCUAGUAGAUGGAACAACCAUUCAAUCCACUAAAACACAGGCCAAGUUAGACUAACACAUUUUUCUUGGCCUCAAAAGGAAAUGUAAAACUGAUGGUGACUGCCUCCAAUUACACCAACACCACCCCGCCCACCUUUGCUCCACACAUUUAUUGGCACAUCCCCAUGGCCAUGAAGAUCCCCCACACUUACCCUCCCAUUUCCCACACCCACUGCCUCUACCGGGGGCACAGGCUGUGGUGGGCCUUCCUCCUCUCCUCCCUCUCUGUCUUCCUGGCGGGGCUGCUGGCCCUGCUGCUCUGGAAUGUUGCUCACAGAGGGUUCAAUAGCAUUGGGAUUUUCAGACCCCGACGACAGCGCUGGGCACACAGACAGAGCAUUAGUGUGCAGACAGAUUUCAAUCUGAGGAAUGCCUUGAAGGAAUGGGCGUUCUCUGUGAUAUCGGCUCAACAUCUGCCUGGCAAAGUCCUAAUGGUGCUGAUAUUCUGUUUCAACAUCGGCUCCAUCGUGACCUAUAUCACCCUCUCUACUGACCCAGUAGAGUCCUGCAUGAAAGAAUACAGCAUAGCUUUCCUCAUUGAUUUGAGCUUCAACAUCUGCCACCUUCUGUAUUUUGGGCUCAGGUUUUUGGCGGCCCAGGAUAAGCUGAUGGUUUGGGUUGACUUGAGAUCCCUGGUGGAUUUUUUCACCAUUGCUCCUUCCUUUGUUACCCUGUUUUCCCGUCGAUCCUGGCUGGGUCUGAGGUUCAUCAGAGCUCUGCACAUACUGGAGUUACCAGUCGUUCUGCAGAUUCUCAACGUCUUCAACAGCAACAGCACCACUCUGAAACUCUCCCGCCUGGUUGCCAUCCUAACAGGCACACUGCUGACCUCAGCUGGUUUCAUCCACCUGCUGGAGAACUCAGGUGACCCCUGGCUGGACUUCUCCAACCCCCAACCUCUCCACUACUUUGAGUGUGUUUACUUCCUGGUUGUUACCAUGUCAACGGUGGGCUAUGGUGACGUGGAGUUGAGGACGACCCUGGGACGCCUCUUCGUCAUCAUCUUCAUCUUUAUUGGACUGGGUCUGUUUGCCAACUUUGUCCCAGAGGUGGUUCAGAUCAUCAUCAACAGGAAGAGGUUUGAUGGAAGCUUCACGGGUGUCUCAGGCAAGACCCAUGUGGUGGUGUGUGGUCACAUCACUCUGAGCAGCGCCUCUGCCUUCAUGAAAGAUUUUCUACACGAGGACAGGGGAGAGGUCGACGUCAAGGUGCUCUUCCUGGGAAACUUCCGUCCUAACCAGGAGCUGGAGGCUUUCUUCCUGAGGUGGUUCCUGAAGGUCACCUUCUACCAGGGCUCAGUGAUGCAGAGGAGAGACAUGGAGAGAGUUAAGAUGCAUAAAGCAGGAGCUUGCCUGAUCAUCUGUGACAGGUUCACCUCAGACCAGCAUAAGGAGGACGCUGCCAAUCUCAUGAGGGUGAUCUCCAUCAAACAGUAUUGUCCCAACACCAGGAUUAUAGUUCAGAUGUUGAAGCACAACAGUAAGGCGUUCCUGCAGAACGUGCCUAACUGGGACUGGAGUCGAGGUGAUGCAGUAAUCUGCCUGGCAGAGCUCAAACUGGGUUUCAUGUCUCAGAGCUGCCUGGUGCCUGGCCUCUCCACGCUGUUGACCAACCUGUUCACCAUGCAGAGUGAGAUCGAGCAGGACGGAGACACCUGGCAGAACCUGUACAGAGAGGGCCUUUACAAUGAGAUCUACACAGAGCACCUGUCCCCCUCCUUCAUAGGGAUGUCCUUCGCUCAGGCCAGCAAGUCAGUUUGUCAGUCUGCUACAGAGAGACAUAUCAGUGUUCUAUUACUACAAACAAACAUGUUCUCUCUCUCUCUGUCUGCCUGCCUGUGUGCAUGUCUGCCUGCCUGCCUGUCUGCCUGUGUGCCUGCCUGUCUGCCUGUGUGCCUGCCUGUCUGCUUGUGUGCCUGUCUGUGUGUCAGGCUAUGUUUCCUGAAGCUGAGGUUGCUGUUGAUUGGGAUUGAGUAUCAGAGCGGAGACCAAGAUUUCAAUGUGUUGGUGAAUCCUCCCAGUCACAUCAAAAUAAAGCUGUGGACUCUGGGUUUCCUCAUAGCCAGCAAUGCCAGUGAUGCCAGAAGGGCGAGUAUGUACUGCUCUGUGUGUCACAGAGACAUCAAGGAUUUGCCCAGGAUGAGACCCUGCAGGUGCACUGAGCAGAAAGAUGUCUCAUCUAACACCUCCGCCAUGAGUCUAGGCUUCAGACGUCCAUCACUGGGAGUUCUGCCCUUCAGCCCAGAGGGAGAGACUCUUCGAGAGAGGGAGUGUGUGUGGGAGCAGCAGCAGCAGGAGGAGCAGCAGGAGGUGGGGCUGGACUCUACAGGACUGUUCCACUGGUGCCCACCUGUUCCCCUGAAGGACAUCUCACUGACCAGACAGAGUGCCAGUACCCUGGCACUGCAGGACCACGUGGUGGUGUGUGUCUUUGGGGACGGGGGCUCCAGCCUGCUGGGCCUGGGGGACUUCAUGAUGCCGCUGAGGGCCAGCAGCCUGACGGCCCCAGAGCUGAGGACGGUCGUCUUCCUGGGAGACCCACACUACUUCAGCAGGGAGUGGCCCAACAUACAAUACUUUCCCCACAUCUACUUCCUGCCUGGCUCUCCUCUGUGUGGGGCAGACCUGCGUGCGUUGAGUGUGGAGCGCUGUGCCAUGGUGGUGGUCCUCAGCUCUCUGUCCAGCUCCAGCGACAUUGAGCCCUCCAUGCAGGAUAAGGAGACCAUCCACUUCUGUGUCAACCUCUACCACAUCCGCUUCAGCCCCGAACCAGGCCCACACUGCACACUCAGUCACACUCAAAGUCACGGCCACGGACAGGGGCUGGAGCUUGGUCAUGGGUUUGGUGGUCAUAACCAUGGUCCGAGCCACGACACACUAGACUUUUCCCACAUCCCUACGAUACCCGAGAAGGCUGAGGUCACCCCUGCUCACAGCGCCGGCACCACUGUCCCUCUGCUGGUAGAGCUGGUGAACAGCUCUAACGUGUGCUUUGUGAACGAGGCGGACAGCCAAGAGGACUCCUCCAGCCUGACCCUGAGCCAGGCCUUCUCUGUAGGCUCCGUCUUCUCUGUCGACCUACUGGACUCUCUCAUGGCAGCCACGUACUUCAACGCCAACGUGCCUGGUCUGAUCUGUACGCUGGUGACGGGUGGCGACACCCCCUUACUGGAGGCCCAGCUGGCAGAGGACAACCAGCUGCGGGGAGGGGAGAUGUCCGUGAAGAUGUGGGCUCUGCGCCAACGCUCCAAACUGGCACAGCUGGCACUGCAGGAUGAGCCUCUCUGUAGCCUCGCUUCUUCCCGGUUCUGACCUUCUGCCUGUCCUGACCCUGUGCCUGCCUGCCGUCCUGUACCUGCCUGACUCUGACCUGGUUUACAAACCUCUGCCUGCCGUCCUGUACCUGCCUGACUCUGACCUGGUUUACAAACCUCUGCCUGCCAACGACCUGCCUUUUGCCGGCCAACUUUGUUAUAAUAAAUAUUCUGAGAAUUGUACUAUCCACAUUUGGGUCUUAUCCUGAGUCGUGAUGAGGCCCCUUAGUUCCAGUGAAGGAAAAUCUUAACGCUUCAGCAUACAAUGACAUUCUAGACGAAUCUGUGCUUCCAACUUUGUGGCAACAGUUUAGGGAAGGCCCUUUACUGUUUCAGCAUGACAAUAGCCCUGUGCACAAAGCAAGGUCCAUACAGAAAUGGUUUGUCGAGAUUGGUUUGGAAGAACUUGACUGGCCUGCACAGAGCCCUGACCUCAACCCUAUCGAACACCUUUGGGAUGAAUUGGAACACCGACUGUGAGCCAAGCCUAAUCGCCCAACAUUAGUGCCGACCUCACUAAUGUUCUUGUGGCUGAAUGGAAGCAAGUCCCCGCAGCAAUGUUCCAACAUCUAGUGGAAAGCCUUCCUAGAAGAGUGGAGGCUGUUAUAGCGGCAAAGGGGGGACCAACUCCAUAUUAAUGCCCAUGACUUUGGAAUGAGAUGUUCAACGAGCAGGGGUCCACAUACUUUUGGUCAUGCAGUAUACACCUAUAUGGACACACAUCUACACUGAGUGUACAAAACAUUAGGAAGAGUUGCUCUUUCUCUGACAUAGAUUGACCAGGUAAAUCCAGGUGAAAGCUAUGAUUCCUUAUUGAUGUCACUUAAAUCCACUUCAAUCAGUGUCGAUUAAGGAGUGGAGACAGGUUAGAGUAGUAUUUUGUAAGCCUUGAGACAAUGGAGACAUGGAUUUUGCAUGUGGGCCACUCAGAGGGGGAAUGACUUGCCUAGUUAAAUAAAUAUUUUAAAAUGGCUAAGACAAAAGAGUGCCUUUGAACUGGGGUUUAGUAGUAGAAGGCUCAACUGUUUCCCGUGUGGAUCAAGAAUGGUGCACCACCCAAAAGGACAUCCAGCCAACCUUGACACAACUGUGGGAAUCAUUGGAGUCGACAUGGGCCAGUAUCCCUGUGGAACGCUUUCGACACCUCGUAGAGUCCAUGCCCCGACGAAUUGAAGCUGUUCUGAG